AUGGCCGCUGUUCGUGUCGUUGUGCAGAGGAGCCUCCGCCGCCCAGAUGCGAAGAACCUGCCGGCGGCGGCCGGGCUCUUCACCCGCACCGCCGAGGUGGGCGGACAGGCUCCGUCGUCAGCGUCCGCGCUCAUCCCUGCUUCGGCCUCCAUGGGACUGAUGAAGGGCAAGGCGCUGUCGGGCGGGGGUGCUCGCGCAGGAGAUGGCGCGUGGAAGGACCUGCCGGCGGCGGCCGGGCUCUUCGCCCGCACCGUCGUGCUGGGCGGACAGCCUCCGGCGUCGGCGUCGGCACUCAAGCAGGCGCUGUCGGGCGGGGGUGCUCGCGCAGGAGAGGGCGCGUGGAAGGAGUACCGCCGCGUCCCCAUGAUGCUGUCCGGCGGAGGAUCUGUCGGGAACGGCGGCGCCGCUGCAGGAUGCGGCCGCGGAGGCUCCGGCGGGGGCGCUGCAGGAGGCGGAGGCGGAGGCGGAGGCGGCGGCGCUGCAGGAGGCGUCGGCGGAGUCUCCGGCGUCGGUGGAGGCUCCGGCGGCGGCGCUGCAGGAGACGUCGGCGUGCGCAUGGCACCGUGCUGCAAGUGCGCCGAGGAGAUCGCCGAGCUCAGGGCCGACAAGGAAAGGCUGUGGGUGUACUUCACCAAUCUUGUCGACCAAAAUGGAAGAGUCGUUACCCAGAUGAAUGACCUGCGGAUCUCACAUGCGUAA